UUCUUUCGCCGACCACCGAAGCGCAUCCACUCGAGCAACGCGUGCCUUCGCCGGUUUCUCAUCCAGACUCGCCGGAACAACCGUGUUGCAUCAUGCCUCAGCCUCAAAUUAAACAAGACCUCAACCGGUCGGGGUGGGAAACCACCGACUUCCCCUCCGUCUGCGAAAACUGCCUGCCCGAAAAUCCCUACGUGCAGAUGCUGAAGGAAGACUACGGCGCAGAAUGCAAGAUCUGCACUCGUCCUUUUACCAUCUUCCGUUGGAAGGCCGACCGUACCGCGCGUACCAAGCGCACUGCCAUCUGCUUGACCUGCGCCCGGUUGAAGAACUGCUGCCAGUGCUGUAUGCUCGAUUUGUCCUUCGGUCUUCCCAUCGUCGUGCGUGAUGCCGCUCUCAAGAUGGUGGCUCCCGGCCCCGAGAGCACGAUCAACCGCGAAUACUACGCCCAAGGACACGAGAAGGAGAUCGAAGAAGGACGCGGGGCGGUAGAAGAAUACGAAAAGACGGACGAAAAAGCGCGCGACCUGCUGCGGCGACUCGCGCACAGCGAACCCUACUACAGAAAGCCUCGGCAGAUCGAAGCUCCGCGCGACGAGGAGGGCGAGGCGCCGUCUGCCGACGGUCCCGUUAUGCAUAGUCGAUAUGGCAACGGACCGGGGCCGAUUCGAACGAGUGACAGUCGGAGAGGGACACCUUUGCCUGGGAGAGGACGGGGCGGUAUGCGCGGUGGCCGUGGCGGUCGCCCGUUCCCCGGAACCGCUCAGCUGCCGCCGUCGCAAGACGAUAUCCUUCCCCCCGCGGACCCCAACGUUACGUCGCUUUUUGUUACGGGUGUCGAGGAUGACCUUCCCGAGCACACUCUGCGUACUUUCUUCUCUGAGUUCGGUCAGCUUCGGUCGCUUGUCUGCUCUCACCGCGCUCACUCUGCGUUCGUCAACUUUGCUACACGCGAGGGCGCCGAAGCUGCUGCCAAACAGUGCCAAGGAAAGGCUGUCAUUCAGGGCUGUCCGCUGCGGAUUCGGUGGGGUAAACCCAAGCCGCUGGACAACAUGGACCGAGAGGAGAGAAUGAAACAUGCUCGUGAGGGACGAUCGGCCGUCGGGACAUCCAGGGGACCAGGCUCCGGCAACAAGGCCAUCACCGCGGCGGGCGAGGAAGCCGUGGACAAGCCGGAGGCGCCCCGAAAUAUCGUGGCUCCACCCCCGGGCAGCGGCGAGAUUCAGUACACCAGCUUGUCUGGAGAUUAAGUAUACGGUUCACAUCUUGAUACACGCUCUACCUGUUGAAAUAUUGGCACCAUUGAAGACCACAUGUACAUUCGAAGCGGGCGUUUUGUGUAUUCUCUUUUUUUACAUUGCUAUUAUCAAUCCAAAAUACCCCAAAAGACGCCGGAAGGAGAGAAAAGUUUGGGUAUACUAUAAUACAAAGUACAAAUGCAAAUAUUCUGCAAUCGCCUCAUCCCAUGUGUAGAACAUGUAGGCCAGCACCCGUUGAGAUUUCCCUAAGCAGAGCAUGGCUUGUCAACCUUGACAUUCUUGCCGCCAACCUUGAUCGAGUCGUUAUCGCCGCGUUCGAUGUUGUCGUGGAUAUUAAGUUCUAUCCCAGACUGUUAGCAACAUCCACACAGCUCCAAGAAUAUGACAUACCCCAUCUCGCACUCUCAUCCCCGGCCGCCCGAGACCCUUGCACGAGGUUAUGCUUCAGAAUGUUGGCCACCUCCACGGCGUGGUUGAUCUGCAUCGGGGUGUCGAUUCCGACACGGGAGUGGUCAUCGAAGUUCCGACGGGCCUCUUGACGGGCAGCAAGCAUCACACGGGUGUCAUCUACCAUCCAAAAGUAUGUUAGAGUCGUGCGAUUGAGAACAAACAAAGGGUUGACUGACUUUCAAAAGCGACCCGGGUGGCGCGGAGAAGCUGGCGAUAGGCACUGCGAGCGGAAACAGCCAUUUUGUGAGGAUAGAUUGAGGAUAGACUAAUUGAAUAGUCUGAUAUGAGGAAUUAAAACUUCUAAGGGUUUCUUCCAACAAAUUCUGCCGUCAAAGUAGUUGCUCUUCGACUUGUCUCUGAAGCAUUCGAUUUGAUCUCCGAAACCACCGGCGGCUGAUUG